UUUACACUCCACACCCGCACGAUCUCUGCACAAAAGUCAUUCCAUUAUCUCACGCUCAUCAGCCCACCCAUCUAGAGGCUCACACACACAAUGAAAAUCCCCAUCAGCCUCAUCACAACUCUCAUAAACUCAGCCUCAGCCGCCCUCGUAACGUACUACCAGAUCCAGCCCGCAGGCACCACCGACACCCUGCAUGCGACCGGGGACCUCCGCUUCUACCAAGCCAACGACUACCUCAACGUAUGGGCCAUCGACCCCGUCGACGGCGGCGCCACCAUCAAGAACGCCUUCACCAAUAUCAAUCCGUAUAUCAGCUGUGAUGACACGGCGUGCACGUCUGUUGCUCAGCAGCCGACAACCUUCACAUUUGAGGACGCUGGUGCGGGGGCAUAUAGGGUCUGCAACCCUGCGGAUGGACUUGUCUGGACCGCUGCGGACUCCACCAUCAAACCCGCCCCGGCCGAUGGCAGUCCAGCGCAGAAGUUUGUGUUUCAGCCGGUGCAGAUGACUGUGCCUCCUUAUUGAAUACGGGUGGUUCGUACCGCGCCGUGCCUGUCCUGUGGAUCCCCCCCUCCGCGCUGGGUAUAUUCAUCUUUCUUUCCCCGUCAGUCGAAC